AUGGUGUUCCUGAAGGGCUCCAAUUCCAUCUCUCGCUCGCGGAUCUCGAUCCUACCGUGCCAGUACGGCGACGACCAGCGCCCGCUGCCAGCGCAGCUGGUGUGGUUCGGGUACGGGAUGCUCACAACCCGCGCGAUGGAGCGCGGGUCGGCCUUCAAAGGCGUCCGUAGGCGCGCGUGCGGGCUGCUCACACGCCGCGCGAGGGCGCGCGGCUCGGUCGUGAAAGGCGUCGGUAGGCAGCGGAGGACCGCGCUACUUUCGCCGAUCAUGCCGGUCGCGUCCAAGGCGCGCGUGCCUGCGGCUCACAACCCGCGCGAGGGCGCGCGGCUCGGCCUUCGAAGGCGUUGGGAGGCAGCGGCCGAGCCCGCCUUCACCGUGACGCCGUUCAAGUGCCUAAGGCGGUAG